CCUCAGCCUGGAUCAGUUCCUCAGAUUUGUCAACUAAAACGAAUGGCUUAGUUGUGAGGAUCUCCCUCACGUCCUCUGCAAUGAAAACUGAUGCAAAUAAUUCAUUUAGCUUCUCCACAGCAACCUUGUCUUCCUUGAAUGCUCCUUUAACAUCUUGAUCGUUCAGUAGUCCCACUGAUUGUUUGGCAGCCUUCCUGCUUCUGAUGUAUUUUUAAAAAUGUUGCUGUUUGUUUUUGUGUCUUCUGCUAGUUGCUCUUCAAGUUAUUUUUUGGCCUGCCCAGUUAUACUUUUACACUUGACUUGCCAGAGUUUAUGCUCCUUUCUAUAUUCCUCAGUUGGAUUUGACUUCCAAAUUUUAAACAAUGUCUUUUUGCCUCUAACUGCCUCUUUUACUCUAUUGAUUAGCCCUGGUGGCAUUAUUUUUGGCCCUCUUGCUUUAUUUAUUUAUUUUUAAUUGGAUGUAUACAUAUAGUUUGAACCUCUAUUAUGGUGUUUUUAAAAACUUGCCAUGCAGCUUGCAGGCAUUUAACUCUUGUAACUGUUCUUUUAAUUUCCAUUUAACUAUCCUCCUUACUUUUGUGUAGUUCCCCUUUUUGAAGUUAAAUGCUACCAUGGUGAGUUUCUUUGAUAUUUUCCCCCCUAGAAGAAUGUUAAAUUUAAUUACAUUAUGGUUGCUAUCACCUAGCUGUUUAAAUUCUCCUCUUGGACCACAUCCUGUGUACCACUUAGGACUAACUCAAGAAUUGCCUCUCCCCUCAUGGGUUCCAGGACUAGCUGCUCCAAGAAUCAGUCAUUAAUGGUGUCUAGAAAUGUUAUCUCUGCAUUCCGUCCUGAGGUGACAUGUUCCAAGUCAAUAUAGGGAUAGUCGAAAUCCCCCAUUAUUAUUGGUUUUUUUGGUAUUGUAGCCUUUCUAAUCUCCCUGAGCCUUUCACAAUCACUGUCACUAUUCUGGUCAGGUGGUUGGCAGUAUAUUCCUGCUGCUAUACUGUUAUUAUUCAACAAUGGCAUUUCUGUCCAUCGAGAUUAUAUGGUACAGUUUGAUUCAUUUAAGAUUUUUACUAUAUUUGACUCUAUACUUUCUUUCACAUAUAGUGCCACUGACCCAUCAGCGUGACCUACUCUGUCAUUCCUAUAUAUUUUGUACCCUGGUAUUAUCGUGUCUUAUUGAUUGUCAUCAUUCCACCAAGUUUCUGUGAUGCCUGUUAUAUCAAUAUCCUCAUUUAAUACCAGGCCCUCAAGUUCACCCAUCUUAGUGUUUAGACUUCUUGCAAUUGCAUUCAAACAUGUACAAAAUUUGUCAAUUUUAUAAGAAGUCUGUCCCUCUCACACUUACUUCCUACCAGGACCCAAGUCUCCUGCAUUGACUCCCUGCUUCAGAGAGCUGAGCUGUCAUUUCUCUGCUCCUCCGAAGUAGCCUGUUGUCUAGUAGGAGAAUUAACAGGAAUAAAGAGAUGGAAUGUAGUCAUCUCAACACAAGGAAUAAAUCCUUAGGACAUCACGCCAACUGGGAGGAUUUAGGAGAUUUGACUGGCCAGAUUUUGUCCUCCAAGCUGCCGCCACCCAUCUGCAAAUUCUGCACUACUCCUCUUGCAAAUGGUACCAUGUAUGUUUUGCCUCCCAGCCGCUCCAUCAGCCACAGGAAAGCAAGCUCCAUUGUGCUUUGUUAAUCUGUCUGUAAAAGUUCAUUGUAUGCAUCCCACAAGUGUCUCAUUCUUGUGGAUUUUACAUGCAGCCAGGGUGAGAGUUUUCUCUCUGACCUCACUGAGAAGCCAAUACAAGAAGACAGAAUUUACCUUACCUGACCAGUAGCUCCCAAAGCCAAGGUGUCUGACUUACAGGCAAUUCAAGAUUUAAACUUUAUUUAUAGCUUGUGAAGUUGUUUUCAUCUACAAACGAUGCUCACACUUGGCCUAAUUCUCAAUGGCUUUGUCUACACUAGCCCUUUCCCCCUAUAAUUUACCACUGUUGCUGCCACUGGUGCAACUCUAUUGGUGGUAACAAUUGUGGGAGUUCCAGCAUGGCCAUGGUGCUAGCAGCCACCAGCAUUGUAUCCCUGUGCCAUUUAGAUCUGCUAUUUAAAGCCAAUGGCUGGUCUACACUAGCGCUCGUGCUCCUACUGUUGCUCCCACUGGUGGACAGAUUCUUGAACGGGGGUGGGCUUUUAAUGGGGCCAGAGUGAGGGGAGAAAGCUGGCAUUAGCUGCAGAAUGUUGGAUAGACUCCAGGUGAGUGGUGUGAGAAUCAUAAGGCCAGAAAGGAGGAGGUUGUACCAGUCAAGACAGGGGCUGUAGGGCAUGAACACUGGGUUCAGUAGGAAGAACGGAGAGGAAAAAGCAGCUCUCUUGAGAAAGGAGAUAUCAUUUUACAGUCCAUUUUUCUGACCAUGACUACACUUUGGCCUUUCUGUACCUCAGUUUAAUCCCUUAACCCUCUGUAACAAUGGGUCUAACAAUCCUUGUCUACUACAUUGGUAUGUUGUGGUUAAUAGAUUAUUUUCCAACAUGCUUUGUGCCUCCACCGGAAGGUAAAAGCUAAGGGCAAAGUGCUUAUGUAAAAGGUCCAUUACAUGGGGGGAUGGGUGGGUGUCACUUUAGCCAAAGGAGCUGAUGUGGUGGGGACACUCCCCUGGUUUAUAGAAAAUUAUUUGGGUUCCUGUAUGGGAUUUUGAGUAAAUCUCAGCUGUUGUUCCAGCAGGAGCUCUCUCUUUUCUCCCCAUUGUGAGAGCUCUCUCUCUUGCUGUCACUGAACCCAGCAGUGCUAACGUUGGGUUUGAACUGUGAGGCACAGGGAGAGGUUGUAUUUAGAAAGAGACAAUAAUUGCAAGUCAGAUUUGCUUGUUCAAUACGCUAUUGACAGAUUUGCCUUGGCAACCUGGAGCAGGGUUUCAUUGUGCGCGUCUUACCUCAUGGCAUCCUAUUGAUUUUUUUUUAAGCCUACCUACUCAGCCUUUCCUUGUCUCCCUCUUCAGCCUGGUGUGUGACCCCAUGAAAGGGGAUAUUAUCACCUGCAUUUCAGACUGUCCCAGGCUUCAACAGCAAAGGCAAGCCAGGCCUGACAAAGGCAAAAAGACACCUACACAGGCCUGACUCCUUGUGGGAAUGAAUGGGAACUAGUGAGAGCUGGAAACAUCCCCCUCCCCCCCAGGCCUCCAAGAACACAGUCACAAAGGCUAGUUGCAAAGUCCAAGCCCUGAUGGGUAGGCCCACUUUCCCAUGGAGGAAAUAUUGGAGCUAUUUAUGAAUUACAGUAGAACCUCAGAGUUACGAACACCUUGAGAAUGGAGGUUGUUCAUAACUCUGAAAGGUUUGUAACUCUGAAUGAAACGUUCUGGUUGUUCUUUCAAAAGCUUACAACUGAACAUUGACUUCAUACAGCUUUGAAACUUACUAUGCUGAAGAAAAAUGCUGCUUUUAACCAUCUUAAUGUAAAUGAAACAAGCACAGAAACAGUUUCCUUACCUUGUCAUAUCUUUUUUAAACUUUCCCUUUAUUUUUUUAGUAGUUUAUGUAUAACACAGCACUGUACUGUAUUUGCUUUAUUUUCUUUUGUCUCUACUGCUGCCUGAUUAUUAUAUGUCUGGUUCCAAAUGAGGUGUGUGGUUGACUGGUCAGUUUGUAACACUGGUGUUUGUUACUCUGAGGUUUUACUGUACCUUCCUGUUUUUGUCUUCAACCUGAUGUGAUACCAUAUGGUUCCCAAGACAUCACCAGUCCCUCUAUAGAGGACAGAAAGAAAAUCUGAACACCCAUACCAUAGCCUGGGUGUCUUCUCUGGGAGAUUCGAGGAUUAGAGUUUAAAAAAGAAUCUGUUUGAAUUGCUGCUAUUGAUAUAGUCUAAUGAGUGACAUGAAAAAUGAUUGCAUAUGUAAUCAGUGCUGCUUGGUAGCCAGUGUAUAGCAGGUCUGCAGAAGAUAUUGGCAUGGUAGGUAGAAGAGAAGAUGGUACAUCUUUUCUUUCAGAGAGACAAAAUUCAAACCAAAAUCCAUCACUUAUGCCCAGGUCUUUUUCAAGAUAAACAUUUAUAAAUAAUAAUUAAAAUAAUAAACCCAGAUAGACAGCUGCUCAGUGGUAGAAGGACGGAACAUGGCUUGAAAGUAUUUAAACAAUGUGGCUUUUGGUCUGAUUUCUUAACACCUGCAGGAAAUCCAUCUGUCUCUGGCUAUUAUUAUUUGUACUGCAGUAUCAGUCAGAGACCCUAAUCAGGAUCAGAGCCUCACUGUGCUGUGCUCUGCACAAACAUAAAAUACAAAACAGUCCCAGCCCUAGGAGUUUACAAUCUAAAUGGGAUCCUACAAUCAAUUUCUCUAUCUAUUUCUGUCUAGUUGGAGUACAGUUGAGGGCAGAAGCUUAGCUUCUUAAAAUGAGCACACGUACAUUUACUCUGUUCUACAGAUAAAUAGUAAUCAGAAUAGCUCUUUGUGCUGGUGUAUUUUAGAGACAAAUACAUUUUCACAUUUUUUCUAUUUAGUAAAUAAUAAAUAAAAUGUUUUAUUAAAUCACCACUAUCCUGAUAUUUGAAAGGCAGCAACAUAUCUCUUACUUCUUUACAUUUGAAAACCUUUUUCUCUCUCAUAUUUGCAAUAUUUCCAGCAUCUUGCUAAGAAGAGACAGCAGUUAAAAAUGUUCAGAAGAACCAGCUCUCUUUAUCAGGGAUAUUUUAUGUGGUUUCACUGUCUAUGGAAUGAAAUAAGGCAUCAUUUUGAGAAACUACAAGGGAAAGGAUGUAUCAGUUCAUGAACCUCCAGUAUUUGAAUGAGGCAAAAAAUACAAAAUCACCACUAUUAUAAUCAUUACUGUCAAAUCAUGUGCAAUCAGCCUCAUAACAGAAACCAGAUGAGCAUCCUGCAGAAAUCUAUAGUGUCAGAUUGAGUAGUGAACUAUUUGAAUCGUUAGAAAUGGAAUUAUUAAAAUGCUUUUAAUGCUGGUUCUCACCUUUAUAUUUUACCAAUAGCUCCAUAUCUUGUACCUGAGGCAGAUUUUAUGAGGGUGCAGAAUGGAUCUAUUCAUAUGGUUAGAAAAAUAGAGAGAGACAGCUUUGGCCCCUUUUAUUGUCUGUUCCCAGUCGCGCCUUAAGAAGAAAUACCGAGCUGCUCAGAGCACACCCAGCCAUUCAGAGUUCUGGGAAAUCAGCUUGGGAUAAGUGUGGCCAGACUGGUGAGAUGCCCCAAUUUCUCUGCUGUGUUUCUAACUGCACAUGUUUGAACACAUUUUCCAGUUCACCCAGAUUCGAGGGGGUUGCAUCAUAGUGUUCCACUCCCUGGGCACUUCAUUUUCUUGCAAACAUUUGGUUUUGCUCCACUUGUCUUUUUUGGCAACAGCAAAAGGUUGGCAUGUCAAAGUGGGUUAACAAGCUGUAGGGGCAUACAUGUCAAUGAAAAUAUAGUUUAAGGAAAUUGCUCUUCAGUUAAAAAAAUCCUUCUUGUAUGUGCUUUAUUUCAGCUGCUAUUCCCAAUGGAUAAUAAUUCGUACACUAAGCCACUUCAGACCUCCAGGGAAAUCAAAAUUGUAAUAUCAGUUUGCUUUUUAUUGGCUCAGUUCUGUGAUAGCACAGGCACUGUCUUUGUUGUGCUUUUAGACACAGGUAUUUAUAAACUGUGGCAUUCAGCACUCCCUCUGGUUGUACACUUGCAUUUCCUUUCAUUAAAAAGUAGUCCUCCUGUAAGUGACAAACCAUUUCUUGGUACUGUCAUUUUCUUUUCUGCUAAAUGCUCAAUGAAAUCUUCUUACUAAACUUCAUGUUGUGUUUCAUUGUUUUCCCCGUUAAAUCUAUGGGGCAGAGUGAUCUGCUCACCCACUUAGGAGCAGGACCCCAAUCUGCUCUUAUUUACACCAGUGUAAGUCUGGAAUUUGAAGUCAGUGAGUCUAGGUAGAGAGCUGGCACAAGGCUUUCAGAACUUAAGUGAUGUCUAUGGCUUCUACACUCCCUCUGGGCAGGGAUUCAUUUUACACUAAAGUUGAAGCAAAUCAGGCCUGUCUGGGAGUUUGCUGUUCAGGAGAGGGAGUGGGCAGCUCAGGCCCUGUCUUUAGUGACUAUUGGAAAGUCUCUUCAAGGUUUCAAGGACAAGAGCAUUUGAACUUUAGUUAGAGAUCAGCUCAACUAGGCAGCUGCUUUGGUCACUGUCACUUUGUUCCCUAGGUAGAUUCAGGCAGUCAGGAUUUCAGGGAGACCUGGGCUUUGCUAGCUAAGUCUUCCUUUUUGCGGUAGGGAGAGGGGAUACUUCCACUUGUGACCAGAAUGGGCUGGGGGAGCAGAAUUCUGUUGAGGGAAGGGGGAACAGCCUUCCCUGGCAGCCAGCUCAGCCCACUCGGCAUGUCCGCCUCUCACUUGGCUUUGCUCUGGCCUCACCACCUGCUCUCAAGCCAGGGCACUCCAGGUGUGACCCCGCUCUUGAGCCCCUGUUUGACCACACUCUGGGUGGGAGGAUGUUCUCAAUAGCAGCCGUCGGGGACAGUGAGUUUCCCCUAGAAGCCCCACCUUGGGGAGCCUUCUGGCCAACUGGAGGAGAAGGGUGACCACAAGUGCCUUGGGCUGGCUAGGAGCAAAGCCUGCUCGCUGUACCCCCCUCCACUCACUCCAGCCCUGCCAGGCAGCUGGGCCCUGCCCCAAGCAGUCACUCCGCGCCCCACAUCUGAAUGGGGUGCUCUCUGGGUCGCUGGAGCCUGGCCGAGGGAAGGUGAGCUGAUUAGCUGGCUGGGAGAACGCGCCCCCUGCCCUUUACUCCUCUGUUUCUCCCGCAGAUUGCUGUGGGCCGCAGCGCCGCUUUUCCCUUUGCGCGGCUUCUUCCACCUUUGCGCGCUGUGCGCAGCCGCAGCUCCUGCGCCUUUUCCUUCUGCAGAAAAACUCGCCCUCGCCCUAAAUCGUUACUAUUUCCAUCCUGCCUCUUUGGCAGGCUUUUGCUAGCUGUCUCCUACUAGCUGCCAAAGUGUCCUUCCUUUCCGCCUCCCUCCCUGUCCCACACGUGCGCUGCAGGGAAGAUGGAUGGGUGUCAGGCGCAGCGCAGGAGACGUUGCUCAUCGAUUUUCAGUUGGAAAAUGAAUGGGCAUUUGAUUGCCUCCCUCCCCCACUCACUAGCAAAACAAACACACCUCUGUACAGAAGGAGGUAGGGCUAAAAGCCCCGCUGUGAAUUGCAGACAGAGGCUAGGAGAAGCUUUUAUUUCCUUGCCACAGAGAACCAGGGCAAGUCAAGAUCAUCCCAUCCUGGUGCUUCGCUGGACCCUGCCCACACGCGGUCCGCGCUGCAGAUCCUCCUGAACAAGGGAAGGCUGGAGACAGGAGCCGAGACCUCCUUGGCUGCUUCCAGCCCGCUUCAUUGCCGCGGCCGGGACGUGCUAAUGGGGCGGGCGGAGCGGGGGCGAAUGGCCCGUCUCGUUGUAUCUCGGAGCUCCGCUGCCCUCCGAUCCAGGCACCGCUCUUCACACGUGGUAGCCAGCGCCCUGGCUGGCGUCACCAAACCCGCCGGGGAGUCCCUGGGCGGUGAUGUGCGGAAAUCCCGUCUCUCCCCCGCGGGAAAGGGGCCCAGCCGUCCGCCGUGCGAGGGCCCAGUGACCAUCCCUGCUCCGGGGAACCUCCCUGCUCCGAGCCGCUGCGGGCCCUGCGCGCUUCUCACUCACCCUCGGCUCCCAGGUGCAAUGGGGAACCCGCCUCGCACUCCAGAGAGGCGCCGCCUGGACUGAGCGCGGCACAGAGCCCCGGGAAUGAAGAACCCAAGGGAGCCUCCCCGACGCCUGCCCUGGAGCUCCCCUCGCGGUCACUGGCCCCCGGCACAUCGGAGGGGAGCCGCUCGCAGCGUGCCCGGCCUGGGCAGCGGGGGCAGCUCCAGGACCUUCCUGCUCAGGUCACCAGCCAACCCCGAGCUCCAGCUUCGGCACCUCGCGGGGCGCCAUCGGGGGAGGGGGCGUGAGGCCUGCCCUGGGGUCCCUCCCGGGUCUGUUAAAGGGCGGAGGGGCACUCAGCCUCCCACUGAACCGUUAACUCUUCAUUCCCGGUUGCGGCGUCUCCGCGGGUUCCAAAGCGCCCCCACGCGCCGAGAAACCCCGCGUGGGGAAAGAGGGGGGGUAAAUCCUGCUCUGCGCCGCCCGGCCGCCGCUGCACAGCGCUUGCGGGGAAAUGUCUCCUCCGACUGGCGGCUGGAGGGGGCCGCGCAGCCGGGCCCCCACGGUAACCGACUGCCCGGCGUUGCCGGUGGCUGGGAUCGCCGCCCCCAGCGCAGGCGGGCGGCGCAGGCUCCCGGCACGGAACAAAGGCGAGCCCGUGCCCGUUACCUGCAGCUGGGGGCAGGGGCAGGCCCAGAAAUGCCUCGAGGCAGGUCAGAAGCGGCGCCGAGCAACCGAGACUCUGUUGACAGCUGCAAUUUUCCCGGCUGCCUCGCGCUCGCUUUGCUCCGCUCGGCAGGAUUCACCUGCCCGCCCCGUGCCUUGAUUUGCUGCUUUCUUCUGAGCCCUCCCUGGCGCCCCAGGCUACUUCCUGAACUGCAUCCCCAAGGCGCGACUCCGUGCGUGGGGUGGGCAGGGGAAGAUGCCCACGAGCCCAGCUCCCACUCGUGUCCGAGGAAGACCGACGCCGGCUUCCCCCGGGCUUUUGGAGGCGUGGUUUGGAGUCGCGGAGACCUCAGAGCCAGCAGCUCAUCCUGAAACUAGCGGGGAAAUCGCCCCCGGCCGGAAAACCCACGGGACUCCCCGAAAAGCAAUCUGCGCUGAGACGGGGCGAGCUCCUCGCCAGCCCCACCCUGCCGCCGGUCCAGGGCAUGUCACCGCUUGUCACUCUUCCUCCUCCUGGCUCUCCGGCUCACAGGUCAGCCUGUCCGGCCAUGCACCCCGGACUCUGGCGGGGAGGGGGGUCAAUUGUCAUUCAUAGAUACUAAGGUCAGAAGGGACCAUUCUGAUCAUCUAGUCCGACCUCCUGCACAGCGCAGGCCACAGAAUCUCACCCACCCACUCCUACGAAAAACCUCACCUAUGGCUGAGCUACUGAAGUCCUCAAAUCGUGGUUUAAAGACUUCAAGGAGCAGAGAAGCCUCCAUCAAGUGACCCGUGCCCCAUGCUACAGAGGAAGGCAAAAAACCUCCAGGGCUUCUCCAAUCUGCCCUGGAGGAAAAUUCCUUCCCGACCCCAAAUAUGGCGACCAGCUAAACCCUGAGCGUAUGGGCAAGAUUCACCAGCCAGAUACUACAGAAAAUUCUUUCCUGAGUAACUCAGAUCCCAUCCAUCUAAUAUCCCAUCUCAGGGGAUUAGGCCUAUUUACCCUAACUAUUUAAAGAUCAAUUAAUUACCAGAAUCCCAUUAUCCCAUCAUACCAUCUCCUCCGUAAACUCAUCGAAUAGAAUCUUAAAGCCAGCUAGAUCUUUCCAUAAAAACAAGAACCCAAAGUCUCCCCCUGCGGUGAAAUCUCGUGGGAUUGUUUCCUCGCGUUAUUAUAACCGGCUCUUUUCUGCCUCCGUUUGCUCCAGAGAAGGCCCCGGCUCACGCCCCUCUCUGGCCGCUCCUGCUCGCGGAGUUCCGCGUGAAGAAGGGCAGCGAAGGGAGAUGAAAGCCGCAGCCCCUGCCCCACUGGGCAGCCCCAGCUGCACCAACCUGCGCCUGGCGUUACACACAGCCCGCGUGGGUUAUUUCAGUCCGAGGGAAAGGGCUGCAGGGCAGGGGUCUCCUGGGACCCGAGCGAAAUCCGGCUCCCUGGGGAGCUGCCCACGCGGGACCCCCGGCACUCGAGUUCGGAGACGUGUUCCCUAAGGGCCCGGAUUCCUUACGCUCCAGCGAGCGGGGAUUUCAGGGAGGCGCUCUGGAAAUCCUCCGCCGCCCCCCAGUUCCCAAACUGCCCGGCCUUGUUUUGCAGCGGGGGAAUCACGUUGUUGCCCAUCGCUGGGUGACCCGGCGAGUGCCACUGACCCGGCCCAUGCCAAUGCUCCCCAAAGGCGCAGGUUUCACGGUGGACUCUGGCGAGGUCUCCUUCACCUCCAAGUCCCACCCAGGCGCCCGGGGCUCUGCUACUGCUCCCAGCCCGGCCGCCUCUCGAGCAGCCGCGCAGGUGGGUGACACGGAGAGGGGAGCGCUCGCCCAGGUCCCACUCUCACGGGGCUGCGCUGCGCGGCUGGUUUCUCGGGAUCCGGCCCCCGGUGGCCCCGCACGAGCCUUCGCUUGUAGGUGGGAAAUAAACAAUAUGAUGCAACUUUGUUCAAGUCCUGCCACCGCUCUGCGAGCAGCUCGAAACGGGCGGUUCCUGGACGGCCGGAGCGCGCAGGACGCGCCUUACCUCCGCCCGGUGAGUGAUACAGCCCCUUUCCCCGAGAUUUCCGAGUCAGCUUCCCGUGCUCCGUCCGCACCCCAGCUCCCAGGGCAGAGCUAGAAGGGGGUCGCUAGGCACUGCCCCGCCCUGACACGUUGGCUUCCCUUAGGGCAGAAAAUCUGCACCAAUCCGCGCGCCCCGUCUCCCCUUGACGGACAGCCCGGCCCGGGGAGGCCCCGCCCGCCUGACGUCUCCGGCCGGGAUUUGCAUGAGCUGCGGUGCCGGGGCGGCUGGAGCUCAGUGUCUGCGGGCGCAGGACGCGGAGUGCGGCGAGCUCGGGCGCUCGGACCCUCCCCAGCAUGGAGCUGCCCGCCGUGGGGGAGCACGUCUUCGCCGUGGAGAGCAUCGAGAAGAAGCGGAUCCGAAAGGGCAGAGUCGAGUACCUGGUGAAAUGGAGAGGCUGGUCCCCCAAAUAUAACACGUGGGAACCGGAGGAAAACAUCCUGGACCCCAGGCUGCUGAUCGCGUUCCAAAACAGGGAGAGGCAGGAGCAGCUGAUGGGAUACCGCAAGCGAGGACCAAAACCGAAGCCGCUGGUCGUUCAGCUCCCUUCAUUCGCACGGCGCUCCAAUGUCCUCACUGGACUACAGGACCCUGCCGCGGACAACAGGCCGAAGCUGGAGCUGAGCUCCUCUGGCAAGAGCCAGCAGCAUCAGUACGAACUCAACAGCAAGAAGCACCACCAGUACCAGCCCAAUGGUAAGGAGAGCAGCAUGAAGCACCAGCCACAAAGCAAAGGGAAGUAUUACUACCAGCUGAACAGCAAGAAACACCACCACUACCAGCCUGACCCCAAGAUGUAUGAGCCCCACUACCAGCCCAGCAGCAAGGAGCCACAGAGCCAGGCCUGCUUGGACCACAGCAAAAGCCCCUUGGUCACCCAUCCAGACAAAUGGGCUCACAGCCCAGCCAAGAGCCUGCUGAGCCCAGUAAAGAACCUGGCUGGAGAGGGAAAGAAUGGAGCUGAGAAGAACCUGUCUAGUGGCACUGGGCCGCCUUCCCGUGAUGGCGUGACCAACAAUGGCAUUGGGGGCAAAAUGAAGAUUGUCAAGAAUAAGAACAAGAACGGGCGCAUUGUGAUCGUCAUGAGCAAGUACAUGGAGAAUGGCAUGCAGGCAGUGAAGAUCAAGUCCGGGGAGCCGCCCAGGAAGCGGACCACUGAGGAGAGGACUCCCAGGAAGGGCGGGGAGGAGAAGCAGGAGGCCUGGCGAAAGCAUGGGGAGGAGAGGGUGGCAGGCAGUGACCCCAAGAGUAAAGCUGGACUUGGGGGGGGCCCACCCUUCACAGAGCUCAGAGGGAGCCCCAGAAAGACUCCCCCUGCCAAGGAGGCACCUCCUCCCCCUGAGCAGCCUCUGCAGCUCACCACCAAGCCCAACCUUGUGCCCUGGUCCCUGGAUCCCAGCCGGGAGCACAGCCCUGCCCCCAUGGGACUGAAUCUCUCCACCCCAGGCUCCAGGAAGCGCUGCCUCUCUGAGCCGCAUGAGGAGAGGGAGCCAGGCAAGAAACGCCUCACCUCACGGAGCAUCAGUGCCCCCACCUGCCUGAGCCCCCAAGCACCAGAGAGGCCCGAGCACCCUCUCCCAGCCACCCCCCAGCCAGAGGUCAUCCUGCUGGAUUCGGACCUGGACGAGCCCAUAGACUUGCGCUGUGUCAAGCCCCGGGGUGAGUGUGAGCUGGCUGUGGCGCAGGUGAAGCCAGAGGUGCCGCUGGUGCUGACGGAGAAGCCGGCAGUUGAGCCUCAGCAGCAGCAGGAGGCAGAUGGGGUGGGAGAGGCAGAGCCCCUGCAGGAGUUCAAGCCCUUCUUUGGGAAUAUAAUUAUCACGGAUGUGACCGCGAACUGCCUGACCGUGACCUUCAAGGAGUAUGUGACAGUGUGAAAGGGCAGAGGCUGCUCCCCAUGGGGAGGGACCCUGACACUAUCCUGGAGCUGCCUGCCCCUCAACCCCCUCUAAGGUAUUGUCACUGCCCUGACACCCACCUCCCUCCCCUCCCCACCACGGUGACUGCAGCACUCAUGCAGGGAGAAUCCCAUCAGAUGCCUCCCUGCCCAAGAGGAGGGGAGGGCAGGACACAGUGACUCUGCCCCUGCUAUGCUGGGGGUAUCCUCUACUGCUGCUCCAUCCCUGCAGUCCCAGGGACUUGCAGGUAUCAGGACACACAAGGAUGGGGCCGGCCAGUUACUCACAGAGUUACAUAGUAUUAUAUUUUAACAGUGCUAACUUGUCGAGUGAUUCUUGCUCCCGUUUGUACGUGGUGUUAUUGAAAUGUAUUGUUUGAGCUGAAAGCUGGUCCCUCUCUGGCCAUGCUAAUAUAUUUAUUUGUAGGUAUUUAUAUAAUGAAAUAUAAAUCCUAGAUUUAUGGAGUCCCUAGAUCCCCUUAUAAACUAUAUCAAACAAAUAUUUUGUGUUCUUUUUAACCAUUCAGCAUUUGUUAGUCUCAUUCCUUUGACCUGUCUUCAUGAGCUGCAGGACCAUUCCCUGGUAUAUAUUUUUUGAUACUGUACAUGUGUUGUUUCUAUGUCAAAAAUAAGUUCAUUAUCUAAAGCUAAACAAGCUAUUAUAGAAACUGCUGCUACUAGAAAUGUCUAAAUAUAAGCUUCCUAUUAUUAAUUGCUUGAAUGUAAAUAUUAAAUGGAGAUGUUGAAAGUGCAUUUGAUGUUCUGCAGCUAGCAUAGAUCUGAUUGCAAAGACCAGCUGUUAGAAGGUGGGGCCUAAGCUGCCAGUGGCACUUCCUGGUUUAAGGACUGUAUUGUGGACGAAGAAAAUGUAUCAUGCAAUCAUUGCAAAGGACUAUAAACCUUUACAAAAACUA